UGCCGGCGCUGGGCCACUGGGAUCGGCUCGAUGUCGGAGGGUCGGACGUGAGGAGCGGGGCGGCUGCGAGCUGACGGCGGCUCCCUGGGCCCGACGCCGAGAAUACGUACAAGAAAUGGCUUAUGUCUGAAACCAUGCGGCGUCAGUGUUUGCUGCUAGUUAUAUGUGGAUGGGUGUUCUUCACGUUACUGUUUGUUCUACGUCUCAAAGAAUAUGAUACUAAACCACCAACUUUGGAUAAUACUGUGACCACAUACAUUAAAAAACUAAAGCUUCAAGAUGAAUCUUUACUAACAGAUAACCAGCCUACUGAAAGUCCUUGGAAUGAAGUGGAUUCACACUGGGAUGCAGUACACAAUGAACGCCAAAGUCUUCUUGAGAACGUGUGCAAAAAUACUUCUUUAAGGAAUCUAGCACAUACUUCUCUAACAAAGUUUGUCUUGGACCGUAUAUUUGUGUGCGAUAAAUACAAAAUCCUAUUCUGUCAAACCCCAAAAGUUGGUAAUACACAGUGGAAGAAAGUUCUCAUUGUUUUAAAUGGUGAAUUUAAAUCCAUUGAAGACAUACCGGAGGCUUUGGUCCAUAAUCAUGAGAAGAAUGGCCUAUAUCGCUUAUCAUCAUACAGUGCACCAGAUGUAAAAAAAAGAUUGAAUGCAUACUUCAAAUUCCUCAUCGUUAGGGAUCCAUUCGAAAGGCUGAUUUCUGCAUUCAAAGACAAGUUUCUAAAGAAUCCUCGAUUUGAACCAUGGUAUAAAUAUAAAAUUGCUCCCGCAAUUAUUCAAAAGUAUAGGAGGAAUCGAACAGAGACCAAAGGACUACAAUUUGAUGAUUUUAUUCGCUAUUUAGGUGAUCCUAACCACAAAUGGCUUGAUGUUAAAAUAGGAGAAUCUAUUAUUCAUUGGGCUACUUAUGUUGAGCUUUGUGCACCUUGUGAAAUCAAGUAUGAUGUCAUAGGACAUCAUGAAACACUGGAAAAAGAUGCUCCAUACAUAAUAAAGAGAGCAGGAAUAAAUAAUUUGGUGUCCUAUCCCCCAAUCCCACCUGGCAUUACAGCGUACAACAGAACUAAGAUUGAGCAGUAUUUUGCAGGAAUCAGCAAACGAGAUAUAAAACGCCUUGCUGCUCGUUUCCAAGGAGAUUUUAAACUGUUUGAUUAUGCCGAACCUGAUUUUUUGUUAAAUUGAUAUUCCUAAGUAUUGUGCCUGUUAUGUGGUAGUACAAUGCAUAUUUAUAUUUUUUUAGGGCUUUUUGGUUACACUGUUUAAUGCUAUCACCAGCAGAGGUCCAUGAAACCACUGAAUGAAGGAAACCCAAAGCCUCUUAACAGUUUAAUCCAUGCAUGUUUGCAGGCAUAAUGUGAUCUUUAGUAGUAGAUAAACAGUAGUUUGAUGCAUGGAGCCCAACAAAGCAACAUUAUAUGUUGUCAAAAUGUAAUGAAAAUAUUUCCAUAGAGAAGAACAGAAAAAGUCAAUUGAAUUUCUGAACAAAACAUCAGUUGUAAGAUGUGUAAGAAAGAGCUGCAGAUGCUGGUUAAAAUCGAAGGUAGACACAAAAUGCCGGAGUAACUCAGCAGGUGAGGCAGCAUCUAUGGAGAAGGAAUGGGGGAUGUUGCUGCCCUCAUUCCUUCUCUCCAUCAGUUGUAAGAUAUUUGUUUAUUGAUCCAAAUGAUGCAUUGUCUUUGUCACAUGUUCAGUCACAGAUAUUGAAAAAUUGUUUUAUCAUUUAAUUUAGUUAAAGUUAAGUGUAAACAUUGCUGCUUGGAAAGUCUUUUAAUACAAAGGAUAAAAUAAGAUGUGUGCAUUUAAAGCUGCCACAUUUAUUUGCAAACACCCUUGUAUAUCAGUUUUAUCAAUUGGUACAUUUUGUGAACUUAAAUUUCAAUUAUUUCUACCUUCAACUAUCCCGUCCACCAAUUAUAGGAAUGAAAUAAAGGAGUCAGUGAGAAAACA